AUGAAUCCGGUGAGCACCUUUUUGAAGCUAAAGUGAUCCGGUAUCCGCUAGAAAUAGGAAUAGAAAACGAGGAAAGAAACGAAAGGAAAGUUUUUUGACCUAUAAAGUCCUGCCCCUUGAUAUCAGCGGACUUUUCUUGAGAACCUGACCCCGAUAGGAUGAUAACGUAACCCAAUUUUUUGUGUCUUUCGUGCGCCGGCGCCGCCGCCGCCGCCGCCACCCUUUCACUUUUCGAUCCACACACUCGUACACAUACCGUACCUACCUGCCGCCCGUUAUCUUUUCCUGAAGAAGAAGAAGAAGAAGAAGAAUACGGAGAAGGGGGGGGGGAGAAGAGAGAUGAUCCAAUCAUUCGCGCGCGAUCUGUUUUGUCGCCCUUCCUUCCUCUCACGACUUUUGGCCCCGUUUUUGUCCCCCCCAACAACACUUCGGUUUUGCUUUUCAGGUAACCGAGGUUGUCGAAGAAAUCAUCGUCAUUGCCCCUGCUCCAGAAUCGGAAAAGAAGAAGGCGAAGAAGUCGGUGAAGCAGGUGAAACGAGCGAAAACUAAAAAGGACGAGAACCAAAAGUGAGUCGCACCCGGCUAUUGUCCUUUUCCCGAACCUUACCGCUUUUCCGCUUUCAGCGACAUCCCUGACACUCCGCGCACGUUUCUCUGCAUCCCGAUCGGCCGUCCAAACGUUCUGAAAAAGGGCCGAAAGGCGUCGUACACGUUGUCCACUGAGGAUUUGAGAAAAGAAGAGCCGCACCAGAACAAAUCGUUUUUCGCGUUUCUCAACGCCCCCCUCAGCAAAGAUGAGAAAAGACGGCAGAGAAGAGUGAGUUCUACGAGGGUUCACCUCAAAAUCUGUUCGAAUUUUCAUUUCAGCUGUCCAAUGUCCUCGCUGACAUCGAACUAUUCGCGUCAGAUGAUGUACCGGUGUGUCAGCGCACUUCAAAUCGCAUUUAGGUACGUCUCGGCUAUCAGUUUCCUCCGUUAUUAUCCAUUUUUCAGUUUGUUCUCCCUUGUCAUCGUGUGCGUCGUCCUUCCGAUCAUGUACAAUCACGUGCAGAACACGAUCGCCUACGUUGACCGCGAAAUGGCCUAUUGCGAGCGAUCGAACGACGAGGCGGCGCUGGAAGUGCAAUUCGGAAAGAUGCGACUUUCCGGAAACCGUACUGCUCGUGGGGCGUACGGAAGCGGAGCCUCGCAUGGAUUCAGACCGACCGCCUACGGGGAUGAGAUCACCGGAUCGCCGCUGGAGACCGAAUGCCCGGGAUGUUGCAUUCCUGGCCCACCGGGACCACGUGGACCUUCUGGAACGCCAGGAAAGCCCGGACUUCCGGGACUGGCUGGAAAGCCCGGAAUGCCAGGAACCACACCGAACCAGACGUGCCCGCUCAACCAGGUUCGCGAGCCACCACCGUGCCGUCCAUGUCCAAAGGGACCGCCGGGAAUCAAGGGAUGGCCAGGAUUCCCGGGAGACGUCGGACCGCCAGGACCACCGGGACUCAAGGGAAUCGACGGAGAAGACGGUGCGCCUGGAGAGACUGGACCCGUCGGACCGCCAGGAUAUCGAGGAGGACCAGGAGCCCCCGGAGACAAGGGACCUACCCCAGAAGGUGAUCUGAAAGAGGGUCCACCUGGAGACGAGGGACCGCCAGGACCCAUUGGAGCCCCAGGAAUGCCAGGACUGCCAGGAAGGAACGGACUAACGGGACCGCAGGGAGAACGCGGAUGGCCAGGAGUGUCCGGAGAGUCCGGAGAGUCCGGAUACCCGGGACCAGAGGGACCGAUGGGCGGACAAGGACCACCAGGUGAGUACGGGGGACCAAAACUUCUCUAUCGAUCCAUUUGCAGGAGAACCGGGAGUGUGCGUGUGCCAGAACGUCGACAGCAUUCUGCUGAUCAACCCGGGACCACAGCCACGCAUCCGCGCCGACGACUACAGCGCCGACGAGCAGGGUUACGGUGGACAGGAGGGAGCCAGAGGACACGGCGGAUAUCAGGGUUACGGUAGAAAGUGA